GGGAAGGUUUCAACAGUCGAAAAGACAAGAACACGUGACCCCUGUAUGGCAGAUCACCACUGGGAUACUGGAUCGCCGGCAAAGGCGCAUCUAUUGUUGAUCCCCCAUGCUUCUUCCCCUUGCGAACUUUCAUGUGGGGGGAUCAGACCCCUGUUUCGCUCCGAACUUGAACACUGAGACACGACACCACUGCGUCAGGAUCUAUGCUGAAACUCCGAAACGUAUUUUCGGCAGCCUGGAACGGAAUCGCCGCCCGCGAAGCAUUACUAUCGGAUUGCUGGCGAUUGGACACGCAGGGUUUCUCUGGCUCGCUUGCAUGUCUCUUUUGGAGACUGUCUCGCCUCGAAUUGCCCUGCUGUGUCGUAAUGCGCCGUCAGCAGUCGUUCACAGUGCUGGGGGCACAUGCGAGGAACUACAACCCGUCGAAUGGUAGGCCUGGGCCUGGAGGGCGACCCCUAUUUUGUGCACGGCACCAAACUAGACUGGGAGUUUACAGCACUCGUCUCAUCUGUGCUGGGUCUGAGCGAAUCUGUCGAGAGCGAGCGCCUCUGCGCCUAGCGAUGCUUUUCAACUUUCCUCCGUUUCGACCGCUUGCUGACUUUCCCAAGCCUUUCUCUCUUUUCCUGCCACUUCACUUCUUUUGAGCACCAGGCGUGCCAUUGUUUCCACGCGUUUUUGCCCUUAUUUCGAAGCCAACCAGCAUGUCGAGCAAGACCUACGAAUCGAGAAUCCCAGAGGAGGAUGAAGAAAGCCUUACAGAGACUCUAGCAGAGAGCGUGUCCGAUGAAAAGCGGGAAUGGAAGCGCAUGAGCUUGUAUGAAGAGCGGCCACGAAGCUGGUUCAAGUCCGUGAAACAGAACUGGCAGUGGCUGGCCCACGGCGUACUCUUGUCCAUGUCGCUGGUGUCGCUGGUGCAGGCGUACCGAAUUCGCCAUGCCGAUCGAGAUGUCUUCUUCACCAAGAAGUAUUCUUCCUAUUUUGGCGACCAGAUGAUCUCGCAGGCCGAGUUAGAACGUCUGGGUCUCGAUCCAACGUCCAUCAAGUGGAAACAUCCCACUACUGGCGAGGAGGGCUACCGUGUUGGCAUCGAGGUCUUCCACCAGCUACACUGCCUGAAUCUUCUUCGCAUGGCUACGUGGAGCGAAUACUACUCACAAGAGGAGGUCGGUGGUGACGUUGCCACUGAUCCUGAGGACCUCCGUGGGCAUAUUGGUAUGUCCAACGUCUACUCUCUGACGGCGAACAACUGCCGAGGCUUACUUGACAUAGACCACUGUCUCGAGGCGUUGAGGCUAAAUUUGAUGUGUCAAAGUGACAUUGGCAUCUUUACCUUCAAGAACUAUCCGGAUUUGCCAAUGGAAGGCCACUGGCCAGACUUCAGCACGUUGCAUGUCUGCCGCAACUUUGACGACAUCAGGAAUUGGGCCAUGGUCAACUCGGUAACGUUUGAAGAUGAGGAAUAG